AUGGCUGCGGAGACCCUGCAGCAGAGCGGCCAGAUGGCAGAGGAGACCCCCGGCUUCCUGGAGGCGCUCCUCCGUGACUUCCCGGCCCCGCUGAGCCCGGAGAGCCCCUUGCCAUGGAAGGCCCCAGGGCCCGUGCUGAGCCGCGAGGAGGCGGAGGGCGAGCUGGCCGAGCUGGCGUUGGGCUUCCUAAACAGCCGGAGCGCGCCGCCGUCGCUCGCCGCCUGCCUGGCCCACGAGGCGGUUUCCCAGCUGCUGCAGGCAGACCUCUCUGAAUUCAGGAAGCUACCGGAGCAGGCGGAGGAAGACGGGGACGGAGCGGAGGAGAAGGCCCCUGUGACGCUGCUGGACGCUGCGGGCCUGGCGCGGAGCCUCUUCGACCGCCUCUGGCAGGCGUGCGGCCAGUGGCAGCAGGUGCCGGCGGCGGCCCAGGCGCCGCAGCGGCAGUGGCUGGUCUCCGCACACGCCAUCCGCAACGCCCGCCGCAGGAUGGAGGACCGGCACGUGUGCCUCCCCGCCUUCAACCUGCUCUUCGGCCUGGAGGACUCGGUGGACCGCGCCUACUUCGCCGUGUUCGACGGGCACGGAGGAGCGGACGCUGCGAGGUACGCGUCGGUGCAGGUGCACGCGGUCGCCGCCCACCGGCCGGAGCUGGCCACCGACCCCGCGGAGGCCCUCCGCGCGGCCUUCCGCCGCACCGACGAGAUGUUCCUCUGGAAAGCCCGGCGAGAGCGGCUGCAGAGUGGCACCACGGGCGUGUGUGCGCUCAUCGCGGGCAACACCCUGCACGUGGCCUGGCUCGGGGACUCCCAGGUUCUGCUGGUGCAGCAGGGGCAGGCGGUGAGGCUGAUGGAGCCACACAGACCCGAGCGGCAGGACGAGAAGGACCGCAUCGAGGCCCUGGGCGGUUUCGUGUCGCACAUGGACUGCUGGAGGGUCAACGGGACCCUGGCCGUGUCCAGAGCCAUCGGGGACGUCUUCCAGAAGCCCUACGUGUCUGGGGAGGCGGACGCGGCCUCACGGGAGCUCACGGGCUCUGAGGACUACCUGCUGCUGGCCUGUGACGGCUUCUUCGACGUGGUCCCCCACCAGGAGGUGGCCGGCCUCGUGCGCAGCCACCUGGCGGGGCCUGGGGGCAGCGGGCUGCACGUGGCCGAGGCGUUGGUGGCCGCCGCCCGCGAGCGCGGCUCACACGACAACAUCACGGUCGUGGUGGUCUUCCUGCGGGACCCCCGGGACCUGCUGGAGCCGGAGCCUGACGCGCCAUGGAGAAGCUAG